AUGCUGGUUGUACCAGACGUUGCCGGUUUGAAGUUAGAAUUGCAUGAGCCUAGAAGCAUCGUACAAUACUGUCACACUGUAUGCAAUGCCAAUCCCAGUGGUUAUGCACUCCAUGAUCUGAUGCUAAAAUUUUCGGGAACCGGGAACAACUCUACCGGGCCAGAUGAUAUCGCAAAGCUGGAAUGGGUUCAAAAACGGACGGCACAGGUUUCCACAAUCUACAGCCUCAUUACAGGCUCCUUAGGCCUACUAACCACCAUAUUCCUCGGCCAUUUCUCGGACUGGAAAGGUCGAAAACCAGCUGCCAUCAUCAACUCCAUUGGCAACUUGGCCAGUAUUAUCAUCUUCAGUCUCAUUGUGACUUUGAAGUUGCCGCUGUGGGUGUGGUACCUUGCUGCAAUACCGCCUGGUCUCACCGGUCACGGAUUUUGUGGUUUCCUUACUUUGGCCCUUACCAUGAUCUCCGAUCUGGCUGCCGGUCAAGUAGAAAAACAGAAUGCGUCCUCCGAUCCCAGUUUGUCUCAGUUGGAUUUGGGCGAAUCCGAGCCGUCGUCCGAAACUCCGGUUGUGUGCCUUUCGGAGGCGGAUCCGCCGUCGGCUGAGACGCUGCAGACUCGAACAGAGGACGCGAAUACUACUCGACGCCGCCUUAUAUUAUUGGGCGUAUUUGAUGGAUUUGUUGGUUGCAUGUUUGCCCUUGCCCAGUACGCUGCCGGUGAGUCUAACCAAGUCGUAAGCUGCUCUGCGAGCUCAAUUAACCAGAACAGGUGCAUCACCCUCUUCGAUUUGGAGGGCUAG